GAAUUCGCCAAGCUCCCUGGAGUGACAACAAAGAUAAAUCAUCCAGCAGUCAGUCCCAACCAGUCAGUGGGAAUGAUUCCAAUUUGGGUGGUUCGGGUAAUAUUGCUGGACCUCAUGGAUGGAAUGUUGAAGUGUUUGUAAAAGCACUUCUUGAAGUGGUACCAAGUUUGAAUCUUAAGGAUGUCUUUGCCAAGCUAGAUCACAAAGGGUUUUUGGUGAAAGACAGACAAGGUUUAAAACUUCUUAUCACUGCGCUCAGGUCAUUACUUCAAGGACAAGGUAUGCGGCAGGAAGUUUUCCCAGUGGAUUGCUUUUAUAUGCAGUGGAAGAAUAGUGAGGAGCAACUCAGUCUUUUUACGGAGAUUCUCAAAAGCCCAGAUAUAUUUUGCUUCACAGAAUACCCAUGUGUGCUAGUGGCUACAGAUUGCCUUAAAAGUUUACCUGAUUUAGAAAAUAAAGAGAUUGCAACCUGGAGGUCAAUGCAGUUAUUGGAAACACUCUUGUACCUAGGAGAAGCAGGCCACUACGCAGUAGUGAAAGAACUUUUCAAAUUUCCAAUUCAGCAUUGUCCAGAUAUUUUGGUGUUAGGUUUAGUUCAGGCAACAUUUCCAUACACGAUGUUGCGCCAAGACUUAAUUGCCUCGCUUAUACCCAUCUUCCUGGGGAAUCAUCCAAAUGCAGCUAUUAUUUUGCACAAUGCUUGGCAUACUCAGAACAAUACCACUACUGUACGCCAAAUAGUAAUGCAUGCGAUGGCAGAGUGGUACAUGAUGGUGGAGAAUGAUCAGACAAGAUUAGGCAGAAUUUUGGAUGUUGCUCAAGACUUGAAGGCACUCUCUCUCUUACUCAAUGCCCAGCCUUUUUCCGUCGUUGUUGAUUUGGCCUGUCUUGCUUAUAGACGUGAAUUUCUCAAAUUGGAUAAGUGGUUGACGGACAAAAUUCGGGAGCAUGGUGAGGCAUUCAUUUCUGCUUGUGUCAAAUUUCUCCAGAAACGUUGUCCACAGCUAAUGGGUGGCAAAGAUGACAUAAUGCCCAAAUCCUCGCAGCUUCCUCCAGAGACAAUGGCUACAAUACUUGUAUGCCUUAAUGCCUGUGUCCUGAAUGUUACUGAUGAGUUGGCAGACACAAUAAUGACCAUGUUUCAGCAUUGCAGUCUGUUAUCUCAGUCUCAGCGUCCAAGAACACAGCAACAGAUUGGAUUUCCUGGUGGGGCAUCGGCCCAGGCUGGUGAAGGUACUCUUGGGGGUAUUGCUUCCAAUUUGGGUAACCUUAGCAUUGGCGCUACUGGUGGAGCCUCUUCGACCAUGUUUCCAGCUCCUUCCUCGACUGCAGUGCCUUUGAGUGGAUCACUGGGGACAGCACCAGGAUCUCCAGGACGUCCACUAGGACCUUUAUCAGCACCUGGGACAUCACAGUCACCUUUGUCAUCCAUUGCAUCAGCCAUUGGAUUACCUGCCUUGCAGAUGCCUCCUACCCUACCUCCACCAGUAGGGUCGCAACUCCCAGCACUCCCUACGUCAUCAAUAAUCCCGUCAACACUCAGGUCGCAGUCUGUGCAGCCUACUAAUGCACCUAUGAGGCAAAUGGACAUUACUCAGAUCUUUGACAUGCCUGCACUUGUUACCAAAGAAGUUGAAGAUGAAGCGAAUAGUUACUUCCAGCGUAUUUACAACCAUCCUCCUCAUCCCACCUUAUCCAUUGAGGAGGUAUUGGAAAUGCUGAAAAAGUUUCAUGAUUCCUCUAAUAAGAGAGAGCGAGAAGUAUACUCAUGUAUGCUUCGAAACUUAUUUGAAGAGUACAAGUUUUUUCCUACGUACCCAGACAAAGAACUUUUUACUACAGCACGACUUUUUGGGGGCAUUAUUGAACAAGGCUUAGUAGAGUACAUGGCCUUGGGUGUUGCCCUUCGCUUUGUAAUGGAAGCCCUCCAUAAACCACAUGGAUCAAAAAUGUAUUAUUUUGGUAUAGUUGCUUUAGAUAAGUAUCGAAGCCGUCUUAAAGAGUAUCCACGAUACUGUCAGCAUUUGAUGGCAAUACCGCACUUCAAUGAAUUCCCACCGCAUCUUAUAGAGUAUAUCAAAUAUGGCACUCAGUCACAAGAGCCGCCUUCUCGUCCUUCGGGUGUUGUAUUACCUCCAUCCAUGAAUGUGUCUCCCAGUACUCCAGCACCGUCUUCAACCACUGCAAGUGCUUCAGCAGCUGUGAGCACUGUUGGUGUUCCUCCCUCGUCAGCUGUUACCUCAGUAGUGACAUCUGUUGUUAAAACAAUGACUGCAACAACUACAACUACCACCACCUCUGCUGUUACCCGCCCUCAGUCAAUUACAGGCGCUUCGGCGGCAGUUGGUUCAGGAAAGCCUACUAUGACGACGACAAAUAUCGAAACUCUUCUCGUAGCAACAGAAAAAGAAGAAAAAAUCACGCCACCACCAGAACAUAUUCAAGAUAAGAUUGCCUUCAUUUUUAAUAAUCUUUCACAAGUGAAUCUCCCUCAGAAGGUAAACUUCCAGCCUAGAUAUUUUAUUGUUGGUAAUUGUUCAUAUUGGCUAUUUUGA